CUUGUGUAUUUAUUACAGGUAAGUGUUCUUUCAAGCUGGAGAUUAUUUGCAUACUUUGUUAGUAUUGGUUGCUAGUAUUGUGUCAGAUGGCCCUCUAAAUCAUUGGGGUAAAAGCGAUUGUGAUUAUAUACUUGGCAUCUAUAUAGAUUGCCACAAUUGCUUUGAGGUUUGUUGGAUUUUAAUGGUUGUUACCUCUGAAGAACCAACUGGAGAAAGCCUGACUUAUACAUCCCCUUUACUCAUAGAGCGAACAGAAAAUUGUCAAAGCAAUGAACACGUUAUUAAUAUAGAACAAGGUGGUGAUCCUUCAUCUUCAGACUCGUCUGAUUCUGAAUCUCCUCGUGGCUUGAGUUCAUCUCGGCACGAUGAUAGACCAUCUGCGAGAAAUUCACCAUCUACUUCAUCAAACGGAUCAAAUUCUCAAAGUCCUUCAGUUGCAAGGAGAGGUGAAGGAUUUGGUCGUCAUUGGAGCCCAUUCAAUACCGUGCUCUGGAUUUCCAUUGAGCUAGUAUUCACUUUAGGGCAAAUUACUGCAGUUGUCGUUGUUUUAUCUGUAUCAGGACAAGAAAACCCGCAAACUCCAUUAUUUGCUUGGGUUUCGGGUUAUGCACUUCGAUGUGCUGCAAGUCUUCAUCUCCUAUAUUGGCGCUAUCUUCAUGGCAAUCAGGCCGCUGAGAGGAGGUCAGCUCAAUUUCGACAAGGUUCACGUCGAGUUAAUUCCUCCUUCGAUCCUAAUUCUUACAUAACCUUCUCCUUAACCCGGUCCUCAGAGGAUGAAGUGGAGAAUUGA